GCCGCCCAACCAACACGUUUGAAAGAAAAUCUCCGCGCUCCCGCGAAAAGUGUGGCCGAGUGACUGCCGCCUGGGCAAGGCGGGUGUGGCGUAAAUUGUUUCGAUUGGAGUCUUGAAUUCUGCAACCGCCGCAUUUUGCUGUGCCACUGGUAGUACGUUUCGUGGGUGGGGAGGCAGGAAUGCGGCGUGGUUAGGGGACGUGGGGUGUAUAUACUUUACGAGGGAGGCAGGUUGACUGUUACCAGAGACGUGAUGCAGCGCAUCGUGCUACGAUACCAAGGUUCUUGAGUGCAUUCAUCGGUCCGAUACUUGUCCAAGGUUCUAGACGACUCGCAUCGCGAACUCGUCUUUCCAGCGACAGACAUCCAAAACCGUGACGCGGAAUCUCGCGCGUCAGCCCAGCACAACAUGGAAACCAUCUUCACAUUCAUCACACUUGUCGCUCUCGCAUCCUCUGCGCCAUUACCCACGUCCCAAUCAAUUGAAGCCCUCCCGCUCGUCUCCCUCGCCCUCAUCGGAUCACCAUCACACUACACAAUCGGUUCGGCGCAAAGCCCACAACUUUCCACGUUCACAUCUACAUCGGGCAACGCGUGGUCGAUACAUAUACCCAUCGAUGUAUCCCUCGAUCUAAGCACACGGCCGGAGCAUGUCCAGGCCAUCGAGGUCACUGGAGUAGAAUCGGGAAAGGACCUGGCAGGAGAAGAGGUAGAGAAGGAUGAUAGGGGUGUGCUGUGUAAGGCAAGUUUGGGAUGGGGGAGUGAGGAGGUGGUCGUGCGGAUGGGCAAGGGGAGGGUUGUUGUAGAUGGAGGGAAGAUGGGUAGGGUUACUGGGUUGAGUUGUUGGAAAGCGGGGGUGUAGGGAACAUAUGCAUGAUUUGAAGGGCGCAUGCUCGUCGUGGAUAUACCUUGUAACUUAGUAUCUUG